UCUCAGUGCUGUGGGCCACCCCGUCGAGCGCAAGCGCAAGGUUUAGGGGCGGACUCUGAGCAGAGAUGGGUGACUGGAAGGGCUACAUCAGUGCUGUGCUGCGGGACCAGCGCAUCGACGAUGUGGCCAUCGUGGGCCACUCGGACAAUCGCUGUGUGUGGGCAUCGCGGCCCGGGGGUCUGCUGGCAGCCAUCUCCCCGCAGGAGGUGGGUGUGCUCACCGGGCCAGACCGGCACACCUUUCUGCAGACGGGUCUGAGCGUCGCAGGUCGCCGCUGCUGUGUUAUCCGUGACUACCUGUUGGCUGAGGGCGACGGCGUACUGGAUGCACGCACCAAGGGGCUGGACGGGCGUGCAAUUUGCGUGGGCCACACGCCGCGGGCACUCCUGGUGCUCAUGGGCAGACGAGGUGUGCAUGGAGGCAUUCUUAACAAGACAGUGCACGAUCUGAUUGGUGGGCUGCGGGAGCAGUGCUCCUAGCGGGACAGCCAGGCCACCCAAGGUGGUAGAGGGACCAAAAUAAACCGUGAACGGAG